UGGGAAACAUUCCCUUCUCCGGGAGUCCUGUCAAGGGAUGGGAAGCGUAUGCUGUCGCCACCGGCCUGCCUGGGUGUAUGCGAGUGUGGAUUUUAACAUCACAGCACCGCACUUUUGAUCAUAUAAUUCAAAGUGGAUUCCUUCUGUGCGCGAAAGGGAACUAACUGAGAUUGCGCAGUAAAUGUAUCAGAAGUCUGGAACCCAGCAUGAAAAAGGCGAGCAGGCCGGCGGCUGCUACCACCAAGGCAGCAGGGGGCGCUAAAGCACAGCAGGCCGAGAAGGGCAAAGCCGAGGGUGCUGCCAACAGCAUGGGCACAGGGGGCAAGAGCACAGCAAAGACUGCAGCCGCGGGACCACUAGCUAAGACAAAAAGCAGUGAUGAUCUGCCUGCUGCUACCACUGGAAGUGGAACGGCCGCAGUAGGAACCAACACCGGCACCAAGACCAAAAGGGCAGGCAGCACCACGUCCAACCCCAGCAACCCAGAGACCAAGACUAGAAGCACCUCAGGCUCGAUGAGCAGACGCGGUCCAUCGUCUCAGUCGAAAGAGGCCGGCUCCAGCCGCGAGAGCCUGAGGGAGCGCUCUCGAGCCGGCGCCGCCAAGAAGGCCUCGGGUCCGUCGGACCCCGCCGCCCUGCCCAAGCGCUCGCGCUGCCGCGUGCUGGCCGAGUCCGAGUCGAGCCUCAUGAGCAAGUCGCGCUCGGACGGCCAGAUCAGCCAGAAGGCCCUGCUGGAGGCCCGGGUCAAGGACCUCCUGGGGCUGGCCAAGAGCAAGGACCUGGAGAUCGUCCACCUGAGGGGUGAGCUGCGCAACAUGCACUCCCAGCUCGGGAUGCUGGAGCCCGGGCCCGACGAAACCAACGAAGGUGCGGCCAGCGAGGAGCCCGGCGGCGAUUUAGCCAACGGCGUCGACGUCGGAGACGAAGACGAAGUCCCGGCGGCGGCGGCGGCGAAGGCGGCGCCCGAGAAGGAGCCGGCGGGUCCGUUCAGCGCGGCCGACGUGGAGUCGACGCUGCUGCUGCUGCAGGACCAGAACAUGGGCAUCCGCGGCGAGCUCAACCUGCUGAAGAGCGAGAACCGCAUGCUGAAGGACCGGCUCAACGCGCUGGGCUUCUCCCUGGAGCGGCUGGACAGCCCGGACAAGGGCCUGCGCUGCGCCUCGCUCAGCCCGGAGCCCGGCACGGUCAGCAGCAGCGGCGGACCGGGCAGCGCCGGCACCAGAGCCUCCUCGGCCGAAGGCUCGGCCCGGGGCUCCACGGAGGACCUGCUGGCCGACCACCACCACCGGCGUCCGCGUCCGCUCUCCCCGGAGGCGGGCGACAGCGAGGGCAGCGAGGCCUACCAGCCGGCGGUCACGUCCAGCGACGACGCGCUGGACGCCCCCUCGGGCUCCUCGUCCGAGUCGGAGGGCUGCGGCAGCAGCGAGGUGUCGGUGGCGUGCCUGACCGAGCGCAUCCACCAGAUGGAGGAGAACCAGCACAGCACGUGCGAGGAGCUGCAGGCCACGCUCCAGGAGCUCGCCGACCUGCAGCAGAUCGCCCAGGAGCUGAGCUCGGAGAACGAGCGGCUGGGCGAGGAGCGCGCGCUGCUGGUGGACUCGCUGUGCCAGCAGGGCGAGCGGCUGGAGCUCUACGGCCGGCAGCUGGAGCUGUUCCGCGGGCUGCUGGACGAGCACCGCGUGCCGUACGCCGGCGGGAACGGCGACCCGAGCGACCCGGACGCGCCGCCGCCGCACAAGAGCGGGCGGUAUCUCGAGCUCGAGCGGCGCUACGGCGAGCUGGUCGAGGGCGCGCGCUGCGAACGCGAGCAGCUGCUCGGCGUCCAGCAGCAGCUGAGCGGCGCGCUCAAGAUGGCCGAGCAGGAGAACGCCGAGGCCCAGGGGCUGGCGGGGGCGCUCAAGGAGCGCGUGCAGCGCGCCGAGCGGGCCGCCGAGGCCGAGCGGAGGCAGCGGGACGCGGCGGCGGCCGAGCUGGAGGCCCUGCGGGCCGCGUCCGGCGCGGACCACGCCGAGCUGGCGCGGUGCCGCGGGCAGCUGGAGCAGGAGCGGCAGAGGGUGGCCCAGCUGCUGGCCAUGCACGGCGCCGGCGAGAAGAGCGACGUCCGCCAGCUGCUGGACAGCGAGCGCGUGGAGAAGGAGCGCGCGGAGAGCCGGGCCGCGCAGCUGCAGGAGGAGCUCGGACACACCAGAGGCCAGGCCGCACAGCUCCGAGAAGCCAUCAGCAAGCUGGAGAGCGACUUCGGUGCGUUCCGCGGCGAGGUCCAGCAGCAGCUGGCCGAGCAGAAGCGCGCACUGGAGAAGCAGCGUCUGGAGCUGCAGGACAAGGACGCCGACAUCGCCAACAUGAAGGAGACCAUCUUCGAGCUGGAGGACGAGGUGGAGCAGCACCGCACCGUCAAGCUCCACGACAACCUCAUCAUCUCCGACCUGGAGAAUACAGUCAAGAAGCUAACAGACCAAAGAUAUGAUAUGGAGAAGGAGAUCAAAAUCCUCAAUCGCAAAAUACGGGAGGAGUCUGCCGAGUGGCGGCAGUUUCAAUCGGACCUGCAGACGGCGGUGGUCAUCGCUAACGACAUCAAGUCGGAGGCGCAGGAGGAGAUCGGGGACCUGCGGCGACGCCUGCUGGAGGCUCAGGACAAGAACGAGAAGAUGAGCAAAGAGCUGGACGAGCUCAAGAACCGCAAGCAGGAUGAGGAGCGCGGGCGUGUGUAUAACUACAUGAACGCUGUGGAGAGAGACCUGGCUGCACUGAGGCAGGGUAUGGGCCUUAGCCGCCGCUCCUCCACUUCCUCUGAACCAUCGCCCACUGUUAAAACACUCAUCAAGAGCUUCGACAACGCCUCACAAGGACCUGUCCCCGCUGUUGUCCCUGCCGUUGCCGCCGCGGCAGCAAUUCCGCGUACCCCUCUGAGCCCGAGCCCUCUGAAGACCCCUCCGGCUGCUGCCGUCUCUCCGAUACAGCGGCACUCUGCGACCACGCCCAAACCCCUCUCCUCUCUGGUGGACAAAAGACCAAGCUACUCCGACCUCAGUAUGCCAGGAGAGCACCUUCUCCGUACUUCACCGGGCACACGUUCAGGCUCAGCCCUCCAGCGGGUGCCCAACAUUGACUCGUCCAAAUCCAUCUCAGUGUCUCGGCGUAGCAGUGAAGAGCUGAAGAGGGACCUGUCCGUCACGGACAACAGCGGCUCCACCCCCCUGAUUACGCUUGGACCCGCCUCCCCUCAGCUGUCACUCACCUCAAGCUCCUCCCCCACAGCAUCAGUCACCCCCACAGCCAGAGGACGCUUAAGGGAGGAGAGGAAGGACCCCUUGGCCGCCCUGUCCAGGGAAUAUGGCGGCUCCAAGAGGAACGCUCUGCUGAAGUGGUGUCAGAAGAAGACGGAAGGCUAUCCGAAUAUCGACAUCACUAACUUCAGUAGUAGCUGGAACGAUGGUCUGGCGUUCUGCGCUGUCCUCCACACGUACCUCCCGGCACACAUCCCCUACCAGGAGCUCACCAGCCAGGACAAGAGGAGAAACUUCACCCUGGCCUUCCAGGCUGCGGAGAGCGUGGGGAUCAAGUCCACACUGGACAUCGGUGAAAUGGUGCACACAGAGAGACCCGACUGGCAGAGUGUCAUGACCUACGUCACAGCCAUCUACAAGUACUUUGAGACCUGAAGACCCUCCACCAACACCCCCACCCCUCCCAGCCUGGGCUUUUAUUCAGAACCUCAGAGACGCCCAGCCCUCAAGCACACCCCUCUCCAUGAAGGGGCCUACUACCUUACAAGACAAGAAACAAGUCAACGGCAAGAAACGAUACCGAAACCAUCCACGGGUUCAGCUUCCGCGGCGGUUGCGUGUGGCGUGUGUAGCGUCUCGCCUCCUCCUCCUCCUCCUCCUCCUCCUCAGACAACCUGAACUUCCUGCGCCCGUGCCGCGCUGUUGCACACAAGAGAACACUGCAGCAUGCUUAUCACCUGACCAUCAGCACACUGCACCAAGACAGGCACUCUGUGCAGGCGUAGUGGUUUCACGACCACAGAGUGUGUCUGUGUGUGUGUGUGUGUGUGUGUGUGUGUGUGUGUGUGUGUGUGUGUGUGUGUGUGUGUGUGUGUGUGUGUGUGUGUGUGUGUGUGAGAGUUAUCGUGUGCUAUUCGAGUAUGUAUGUGCGAUGUGAAUAUGACUACACAAACGGGCCUUUUUGUUAUUUCCCUCCCAGCACAGACCCUCUCUCACUUCCUGUCUACCUAGGCUGCCUGUCCUCGUGCACCCUACCCACCACCACCACCACCACCACCACCAGCCUGUUUGGCCGACUUUCACACGCAACGCCCUCACAACUCACAACGCACACUAUUAAGAAAAGAAAAGAAAAGAAAAAAAAGGACUGAACUCAACAGUGAAGCGCUGAGAUCAGAGUUGCAGGCGUCCUCUUUUCGGUGCCAAACGAGCGCCGUGCCAGAUGACCACAGGGGAUCGCAUUUUCCUCUCUGUGGCAUCGUUGUGGUGAUCGUGCCUUACCCCGACCCGUCAGUUCAGUCUCAGCUCAUUGGGCACAACGUGCUUCCUAAAUCCGUCAGACAGAAAUAGAUUUUUUUUUUUUUUUUUUUUUGUGGCAAUAAGCUCAUUUCUCUUUUUUUUUUUUCUCAGAGAGUGAGACACUGACGAUUGUUUUGGUCAGCUGAUGUUCCACCCAGUGCCAAAUUAAGUCUGUGACGGCUCUGUUGAAAUCAUUGAUACCACGGAAAUGGUUGUUGCGCCUGUUGGUGUACUUGUAUUGUGUAUUGUAUUUGCCAAGCUUUGAAGUCUUAACACUCCUCAUUAGGCAUCUAAAAGGGACUCUCUACUACACACUACAGUGACCACAACAUAUACCAAGUUCUCUAUGUGUGUAUGAAAACGAAUGAUUUCCAUUACAAUUGUAUAUACCAAGCACACUACCUAGUGGCUUUUUUUGUGCAAUGUUCAAGCUACAGCUUAAGUGUUCAAAUAGAACACAUACCUUGGAAUGAUUGUCGCACACAUUCUAUGGGCUGUUGAUCUUUCCCGUUUGCCUUUGUCCUACCACAAUGCCUGUCACUACCACCCCCUGAGCUGAUCAAUUAUGGCGGUCUUUAGCCUCUCAGUUCUACUGCUGUACCCUCAAAAGUUGCCAUUACUUCACCUCGAUGCUAAACUAGCCUUUCCUCUACACGUUAAUCCUCUGAAAUAACUUUGCUAAGUAAUCUGAUCACCCAAAACAAAGCUCCUUCAUCAAGGCAUUUUUUUCUCUCUCUAGCCUAGCAGUUAUGCUGAAGCUCUGUGGGAUUUCCAUGAUCACGCUCUCUCCACCAGCUCUCCACAAAACACUUUGGGAAAAAAAGGAUUUUGAAUCCCUGUUUGGCAUUCCAUUCCAUCCCUCAUCUCGGAUCUCAUGCUCCCAGAUUUUAAAGCACAAGUAGGACGGAAGUGGACCAAGCGCUCUCAUUUUUUUUGUCAUUCUUUUGGCCAUUUUCUCCUCUUUGUACUUCUCCACACCUAAUGGAGUUUGUUUAUCUUAAGUGCAGAGCUAGGCCAAAGCCCUAUGAACUCAUCCAGAAAUACAAGAGGCACUAGCCUUGAUUGGUUGUGAUGAACUGCAUCGCUGCACUAUUGUGAACGCAAUUGCAUAGGCUGCACUAUUCUAAAGUUUAUUCUGGAGCUGGUCUUGAGAAAUCGUACAAGUAGUACUCCGAUGCGAGCGCACAGCAGCACCGAAUCACGUGUACUGGUCUGUCGGAGAAGGACGCCUCAGACCUUUUUGCUCUCGGGUUGGAUGCCUUAUUCUACUGGUAAUCUCUCUUGUCUAAUGUGCUUUGAACCCCACUGACACAGACUUCCUGGAUCCAGUGUUGAAUAGGUUGUCCGUACAAAACAAUGUAAACAUUCUACAGAACAAAUAAUAUCGGUUGUGCCAAACUCAAUAUUGUUCAAGAACUGUUCUCAUUUUGGGCUUCACACGACAUGGUUGAGAUGAUUGGUUUUCCCUUGAGAUGAUGGCUUUAAAAUAUCUACAGGGGGGGAAAGGCCACAUGGAAAGACCUGGUAUCAUUCAUAUUGAAACUGAUGAUGCACAAGGGGAAGAUAGUUCAACCUCAAGUUCAGAUUGGGAUCUCCACGCUAUCUUGGUCCAUCGCCUAGCUCACCCCGUAUUGCACACAAUCAUGGGAUCAUGACCAAGCCCUUAUGGUGACAUUUCUGUAAGGACUCCUGAUAUUUGGGUGUCCCAAACCCAGUCAUUUGUUUGUCUGACAUUUGCAGAUGUAAGCACAUGAUGUUUUUUUUUUUAUUAUUGCUAUUAUUAUUAUUAUUAUUUCAUAAAUGAACAUGUUUGGACAUAUUGGCUUGAGAACAAAGGCAUAUGCUUUAAAUGCUAAUCUGCACCUCAAGAUGAAUUCAAAACUUCUAAGAGCAACAGAUGGUAGGUUCAGUGAUUUAGUAGACCCUUAACAAGUCAUCUGACAUGGCUGUGACUAAAAUCUUCGGAGAGCUUGACAAAGAGAGUUUUCGGAGAGUGUUAUGCGUAUUUAUAUGAAAUUUGUCUGUCUUUUCAUGGCUUUGUGUUUCAAAGGAAACCCCAAGGCAUGGAUGUGAGGUUUUUUGUUGAGGUGUUUGAUUUGUCAGAGGCUUGUGAGCAUGUAUGAAAGGGCAAGGAGCUCAAGCGAAACUGUGGUUCGUUAAACAGAUAAAUGAAGAUAAUUUGCCUCUGUUUAAACAAUUUUUUAAAAGUUUACAGUUUUUUAGUGCUAUUUACGCUGAGAAUUAUCACCCAAUCCUUAUCAUGCCGUUUAUUUGUGUCAUUUUCAAAUAAAACUAAUCUACUGUAUGUCAACAU